UAUUACGCUGAAAGAGAGCAGCGCUUCAGUCAAUCGUUGGCCAACGUACGACAACGUACUCUUUUCAGAAUUGGAAAAAUAAGGCAACAAUGUCUCAUUCCGUGACAAUUAGAACACAGACAAUGACGACCAGUUCGUCAAUGAUUGUCAUCAAUACUGGCUAUUUAAAAAGUUGGAAUGGCAUUUUAAAGUUUCUGCAAUUGGCACUAGGCAUAGUCUGCGUAGGGAUCAUUGGUAACGAAUUUAAUACUUAUCUUCGGUUUGCGCCACAAUGUUUCUUUCUUGUCAUAACAGUUACCUUUAUGAUUAGUACUUUCAUCCUUCUUCUCAGUUGUUUGAUGUCUCUUUCUACUGCAUCUAUUAUAUCUAAAACAAUCUACGAACUCCUUUAUCAUUCCAUUGCACUUGGAUUAUUAUUUGCGGCCUCAUUGACGCUAUUGAUACACAUUACUAAUUAUAAGCGUUAUUAUAACUACGAAUUGUUAUUAGGCGCAUCUAUUUGCGGUCUAAUAAAUACCUGCCUGUAUCUCUUCAGCACAAUUCUUGCUUUUCGCACUUAUAAAGGAUUCUAAACGAUUUAAUUAUACAAUUUCUUAAAAAGUAAUGAUUCGUACUCGUAUUAUAUUUUUAUAAGCUAAAUUUGUAUAUUGUUUAAAAAUUUUAUUUAAUAUAAUAUGCAUAAGCUACACGUAAUAAAUUUUAA